AGGACUAACAGGCUGCUUUUCUAACGUCACUUCCGGCGUGAGGACUUUCCCCUACUCUCCUUCCCACCUCCACCUCCUUCCCGGGAGUCUGAGAAGAUGGAGCCAGUGAGCCGAGUCGGUGCGCUGAGCGCUGAUGAGGGACCGGAGCCCGGGGGCCUGGAGGGGCUUGAUCACCACAGCUCCCCCCCGCCCGGCCCCGCGACAUGCGAUGGAUGUUGUGAAGGUGGAGGGCCUAUAUCCGGUCACUAUGGUGCCUGGCGAUGGUGUGGGGCCCGAACUCAUGCUAGCUGUCAAAGAAGUCUUCAAGGCAGCCAAGGUCCCCGUGAAAUUUCAGGAGUUUCAUCUGAGUGAGGUACAGAACAGGGCCUCAGAAGAGAAACUGGAGGAAGUGCUGAACUCCAUAAAGAAAAACAAGGUUGCCAUCAGUGGGAAAAUCCACCCGUCCCUGGACUACACCGGGGACCUGACCUCGUACAGCAUGAUGCUCAAGCGGAAGCUGGACCUGUUUGCCAACGUUGUUCACGUCCAGAGCCUCCCGGGAUGUAAGACCCGGCACAGCAACCUGGACUUGGUGAUCAUCCGGGAGCAGACCGAGGGAGAGUACAGCUCGCUGGAGCACGAGAGUGUCCGGGGUGUGAUUGAAUGUUUGAAGAUCGUCACUCGUGCCAAGUCUCAGCGAAUUGCCAAGUUUGCUUUUGACUAUGCCACCACUAAGGGUCGAGAGAAGGUCACGGCUGUGCACAAGGCCAACAUUAUGAAGCUGGGCUACAGGCUCUUCCUGCGGUGCUGUGAGGAGGUGGCCGAGCAGUACCCCAAGAUCAAGUUUGAGACCAUGAUCAUAGACAACUGUUGUAUGCAGCUGGUGCAGAAUCCAUACCAGUUUGAUGUGCUCGUGAUGCCCAAUCUCUAUGGAAACAUCAUUGACAACCUGGCAGCAGGUCUGGUGGGGGGUGUGGGCGUGGUUCCUGGUGAGAGCUACAGUGAUGAAUGCGCUGUUUUUGAAACAGGUGCAAGGCACCCGUUUGCCCAGGCUAUGGGCAGGAACAUUGCCAACCCCACUGCCAUGUUGCUGUCUUCCAGCAAUAUGUUGAAGUAUCUCAGCCUGGAAUAUCACUCCAAAAUGAUUGCUGAUGCUGUGAAGAAGGUGAUAAAAGUUGGCAAAGUUCGAACGGGGGACAUGGGGGGUCACAGCACCACGACUGACUUCAUCGAUUCUGUCAUCAGCUACCUGCAGCCCCCUCGUGGGGACUAGAAUCCCUAUCCAUUUUAUUAUCCUUGAAUAGAGCCCCUGGACAACUA